AUACUCCGGAGUAGGCACAAGUUGCCUGGAAAGAAAAUUGGGACCUCGGUCUCCCUAGUCCAUCCGAGAGUCCGAGAGAGCUGCAUCCCACGGCCCCCAUGUCUACCCCUUAACGACGCGUGGGAUUGUCAUAUUUUCCGAUGACACUAAACGCCAUCGCUUGCCCCGGCUUCCGUCAGAUUUUUUAAUUCUUAUUCCAACUUCUUUCAUUCUCGGAGAAUCGGAUCGCAUUCAUUAAGAAGAGAUCGAUCAUGGGUGUCCUUGAUUUGGUUCGAGGCCGUAAUAAUACGAAUGUGGCUUCCGGUGUUGUGGUCACAGAGGAUCAGCAGCACAGGGAAAAAAGCCCACUGCAAAAUCCAGACAGUGACUCCAAUGAUCGGUCAAGUUUGGAGGCACGGGCGGAGAGAGAAAUUGAGUUGAACCCAGGCCAGGUUACCGAGGGCGCUGAUUUGGGUGUACAAAAAGCUGAAGCUGCUGCGUUGGUAUGGAGUAAAAAGGCACUCAUUGGUAUUUAUGCAUGGAUCUGGGUAUCGUUCUUUAUGUUGGCCCUACAAUUCUCGAUCAGUGGUAUAGCCCAAGUCAGAGCCUACGCCGGCUUCAAGGUCGCCCCUGCAGUUGGCACUGCCAACAUCCUGUCGACUAUAAUCGGUGGUGUGAUCAAGCUGCCCAUCGCCAAAACCCUGAACCUCUGGGGUCGUGCUGAAGGCUUGUGCGCCUCCGUGGCAAUAUACAUUGUAGGUAUGAUUAUCUUGGCUGCCUGCAAUGGUCCUUCCUCCUAUGCAGCUGGCUAUGUCCUUUUUUUGGUGGGAUAUGAUGCGAUCUAUCUCAUUCUGCAAAUUUUCGUUGCCGACACGUCUGGUCUGCGAAACCGAGCCUUCACUCUUUCCUUUGCUCUUACGCCCUUCAUCUGCACCGCAUUUACUGGCCCGCUGGCGGGGAACUCCUUUGUAGAGCAUACGGGUGGAUGGCGCUGGGCCUAUGGUGCUUUCUGCAUCAUCAUGCCUUUUGUCUUUUUGCCUCUUGCUGUCGCGUUCAAGUACUAUGAGAAGAAAGGAAUAAAACUGGGCAUAUAUACGCAAGAGCGUAGCAAUCGGACCGUUAUCCAGUCAAUCGUGCAUUAUUGGCAUCAAUUUGAUGUUGUCGGUGCCUUGAUCUUGAUGGCUGGCUGGGUCCUCCUUCUCCUGCCAUUCAGUUUGACAAGUGCCGGACGAGCCGGUUACGAAAGCGCCACUUUCAUCGCCAUGAUUGUCGUUGGAUUCUGCACUUUAUUCUUUUUCGCUGCUUGGGAGAAGUUCUUUGCCCGGGAACACUUUAUCAAUUAUGAAUUGCUCAAGAAGCGCACUGUCCUGGGUGCUUGCAUCUGCUCUCUUAUCCUGAACUUCAGCUUCUCAUGCUGGGAUCUAUAUUUCCUCAACUUCUGCAUGGUUGUAUAUGGCCUGAACACGGCGAUGGCCGGCUACAUGACGCAGAUCUACAACGUGGGCUCAUGCUUCUGGGGUGUUGUCAUCGGUGUUUGGAUCCGCUGGACCAAGCACUUCAAGUACACUUGCCUGUGCUUUGGUCUCCCACUCUUGAUCCUGGGCGCUGGCUUGUUGAUCAAGUUCCGUGGCGAGGGCGGAGGUGAUCUCAACUAUGUCAUCAUGUGCCAGAUCUUCAUCGCUUUUGGGGGCGGCACCCUGGUCAUCGGUAACGAGAUGGGCGUCAUGGCCUCUGCUGACCGUGGCGGCGUGCCUAUGAUGCUAUCUCUCAUCGGCCUCUUCAGCAGCCUGGGAAGUUCCAUGGGCGCUGCUGUGCAGACAGCCAUCUACAACAAUGUCUUUGUUGAUGCAUUGCAGACAGCCCUGCCGGAGGACAUGAAGUCCCAGGCGGCGAAAAUAUCCAAUGAUGGUUAUUUGGUUCAGCAGACAUAUCCUCUGGGCUCUUCUGAGCGCAACGCCGUCAACCACGCCUGGGGAAUCAGCCAGAAAUAUGGCGCCAUUGCUGCCACUGCGAUUCUGGCGUUGGGGAUUCCGGCUAUCGGUAUCUGGAAGAACUACCGGGUCACGAAGCAGCAGAACAAGGGUGUCAUGCUGUAAGGCUUUUCGUUAUCUUGGGGUGUAAUGGGAGGCAAUAUUUUGGAUAUAGAGUGGAUAUAGAGUGGAUAUGUAUAUGUCUUGAUACAAUGUUAAUGAAAUGCGUGUAUAGCGGAACCGUAACGGGAGCUGCCGCGCUAGCUGUUUUCAGCACUGCGUCGUCAGGC